CCCACGCACGAGCAAUCUUCUCCUCCUUUGCUUUUUAAGAGUCCCUACUGAAGCAUGGCUCCCAAUCUUCACCGCCUAUCGACGCUUUCGCAAUCUUUGAGCGACUUUCGUGAGCUACAAAGCUUUGUCCGAUCAAAGGACCUAGCAAGUCCAGAGACCACCGGGCCGCAACAAGCUCAGCCAGUGGAAAGCGCUUCGUAUUGGGAAUGGACUACGGAGCCUACCGUUGCUUCCGCAACGGACCUGUUUUCGGCAGCCCGCAUUGAAUCGAACCUUAUCAACGCUUCCCGUGUUGGUGCGAGCGAAGAGCCUUCCAAGUGCAACACAUCAUCCGACGAAUACUGGGCUGAAACUGCGGAUCAAGUAUGUACGGAUGCUAGUUCACCCACCACUCCCCAACACAAACUAGUCAAGACUGAUGACUCGUACUGGACUUGCUCUCAUCAAAAAACAACAGCCGAUAAGUACUGGAGCUGGGAAGCCUCAAACGUCGACGUCGCGAAUUCGGUACCGUCUAGUGUGCCAAAGGCCAAAACUUCUGACGAUUCACAGUCGUACUGGCAAUGGUCCCACACCCGGACCGAUUCGGAUUCGUACUGGAAGAAUGCUACUGACGUCAAAGCUGCCGAUACUAAGCCCUGUUACUGGGAGUGGUCGUAUGAGACCGGCGAUAGUGAGGAAUAUUGGAAGUGGAAUACACCUAUGGUUGCAACUUUUACCACUUGAAAAUCUUUUCUGGCUAGGAAAAAGAAUCGGCUCUUUAAACGCUAAUACAAUUUCAUUGCGCUAUUA